AUGAAUCUAGUGGAGGACGAGGUGAUGGAUCAACUGAUCGUGCAUGCUGCACUUCCAGAGUCUGAUGAGGAACUUGACGAGGAGUUUCAUGAGCAAGUGAGAGGUUAUCGUUUGGUCCCAGCUAUUCUCCCUGAUGAGAAGGAAUCGGUGCUGGAGGCCAUCAGCUCCCUAAAACAGAAGCUAAAUGCUACCUUCAGCGGGGUAUAUGUAUCUCCAAGCGUGGUAGAAGGAAUUACGUACUUUAUUACUUUUUGUGCCGUUAUGUGGGUGUCGCUGGGCAUCAUCCCAGAAGUGAUGCGUUUAACUGCAACAUUUGCUUGGAAUUUUUUUGAUGGGAGCUUCUACUGCAAUGCAGCGUUGAAGAACAUUAUGCAGUUAUCAUCGGAGUCAGAUGGUACAUUUCAGAUGCGUUAUGCCAUGGUUAUGUUGUUUGUAGAUGCGUUGGGAAGUUCAAGGUUGGUUUCUUGGUCUGCCCUUUAUGUGAGACUAAGUCUUUCUCUGUGGAUUUUAUCAUGGCUGCUGAAGCAUAUACGUCGUUUAUGGCGUCGUCAAGUAUUACAUUUGAUGCUUAGUUAUUUUAGUGGGAUACUGAAGUUAGUUGCGUUGAUAUAUUGUGCCUUUUUAACGAUGUGUUUCGUGACGACAGUCUUGUGCUUGGACUUCGUUAUGGUCGAGACCUCGUUUGCUUCCAACGACUAUGACAGGGCCUGGAGACUAGCCACGGAGUCUACAAAGAACAAGAUGCCUCGACCAAUGUUCUCCACGAAUCCGACAGAAGUUGAUACGACUGUUUCAUCUGUAACUAUUUUGAAGGCACUGCGUGUUCUUUCAUGGAAUACAGAGAAUGAUACUUGCGGCAAUUUUGGGGAUGUGCACAUGAAACAUAUGAACACUGGUAAUACGAAUAUUAUUUCUGGCGUUAGCAACGGUAGUGCAUGGGUUGUGGAGGGUGAUGAUCCGCUCCUCUUUCCACUCUUUGUCUCUACGGUCAUUGUGUCCAAGGUUGACAGUAUGUCGAUAGUGGAAACCGGGUAUAUUAUAGGGUAUUUCGCUUUCUUUGCCUUUUAUCUGUUGCGUUUUCUCAUGCAGAUAUUCUUUAAGGAGCGGUGGCUUGGUUGGAGUACGCUUUACCGGAUGCUGCGGAGGAGCAUGUUUGAGGUUAUUUUGAGUUACAAUACGAAGGCAUUUCUUCUUGUCUAUGGUGAGCUUCUCGCCUACUCGGUGUUGUUUUCAUAUGUGCUGCUCCGGUUUUCACUGGCCCUUAUCCGUGCCGUUUUGCCUUCGGCAGUACCCAUAGUGUUGUUGCCAAACACUAAUGUACCCCCUUUCAUUUCCUGGGCGAGGCUGCUUUAUCUUUCCAACACGACGAUUCAAGAUGCACUGAGGUGGAUGUGCAAGCUUUUGACCUUAACCUUUGAGAAAGUUUUUAAUAUCAAAAAGGAGAUGCACGGAGCUCCGUUCUCACUGCCGCGUUUAAUUUUAAGUGUUGCGUAUGUAUUGGCAUCUGUGGUUUUCUCUUGGAUGCUCACGGUUGUGGCGUUGGCGGCGUAUGCCAUCCCCGGGAUCUACGCGCUGGGAAAUCGAGGAUCAAUGCUGCGAAUUCUUUUUCUUACUGACUCUCAUUUUCACAUAAUUCUUCUAGGAGCGCGGACUCUUAACCAACUGGAGGCCCUUCCCAUUUGGUUAUCGCACCUUUGGCUUCAACCUCGUCGCUUCUUGGAAAUGUGGAAGCAACGUUGGUGGUUUGGGUCGUGUCUCGGUUUAUGGUUGGUUUCAAGCGUGGCUCGGGAGGAGGGCCUCAUUGGCUACAACGUUCAGUCUAUUCAGAACUUUCCCGACGAUGUUGCUUCCAAAUUUGCAUCUGCCAUAGACGACAUUUCGGCCCACAUCGAAGUAUACAAACAGGUCAAAGGUCCCGCACACUCUAUUGAGCGACUACAAAAGACACUGAAGGCUCUCAAAUCUCAGAGUGGCGUCACCUACUUUUUACCUGAGGAUCAUGUACGUCUUCUUCGUGAGUGCAUGACUCCACCCACUAUUCAAGAGUGUCUUUGUUACUUUUUGAAUUCUGUGGUGCUUUUUUUGCUUCUCCCCUUUCUAGCAGGCACUGUGUGGCGGGUCAUGGUACGAAGAUUUUUUAAUGAACCAUACUGCAAUGUGAAUACCAGAUUUUUCUUCAUUGUUUUCUCGUGGCACUGUGGAAUGUGGAUGACGGUCCUAGUUUCGCUGCUAUCUGUGAAAAUAUGUGGGGGUCCGAGUCGUGUGGUGUUGUAUUUUUUUUGCGGCUCUCAGCAUUUCACGUUAAAAAGUACCAUGAAGUUUCUUUGGAAACCUCAUUUUAUGUUAAUUGCCUCCAUCACCUUUGUUCCAUACACCUUACACAAUCUUUUGCAGGGUUUUUCGGGAUCGGGAGGGAGGGAGGAGACGGAUGGGAGGUAUCAUUUGUACUAUGCAGCGCUCACAGUACUGCUGUGCACCGCGUCUUUUUUUCUGGAAAUGUGGGAGAUUAAACAACCUCGCCAGACCCAGUUACGUGUUGCGCACGAACGCAAGGAGGAAAGAUUGGUGGUGUCACGCACAACGCCAGAUCAUGUUCGCACAAUUGUUGUGGAUAAAUAUAUGGGCGCAAGCAUGCGUGUGGAAGCUGCUGUUCUUCUUGAACGUGACGUCGGAGUUGGUGCUCCACAGCGAAUUCAACCCAUGCAACACCCUGUUAGGGAGACCAUUGCAAACAUCAAGGCUUUUUUGGAGUCGGUGUUUGCGUCAACCGUCCAGUUCUUAGGGACAGUGGCUGAAAAGGAAAGUCUUGUGGAGGUUGUUUUUGUAGAUCACCAUUCAAUUUCUUCAGGAGAUCUUCCAAAUGCAUAA